CGCUUGUAGGCCGCCCGCUAUAUUGCUACUCGUAUAUCCGCAGCGACAUGGGGACUAACAAACAAACAUGGCUGCUAUCACGAUUGGAGAAAGUUCUCACUCGUCAGAUUUUCCAGCAGAAUUAAAAGAGCGAGCUCAACAUUUUCACAACUCUCUGAAGAAAGUUCGUCAAAUAUUGGAACCCCUGCUAGCCAGUAGUUUAGAAGAUGCCACGAAAGAGCUGACACCACUUGACAAGGCACGGCUAGACCUCAGCAUCCUGUACGCCAUGAAUUCACUCUUCUGGACAUACCUUACCACUGUCGGAGAGGACCCAAAGGAGCACGGCAUACGCAAAGAACUAGACCGUAUCAAGGAGUAUAUGAUGCGAGCGAAACAAAUCGCAGACAAGGCCAAAAUGCCAAAGUUGGAUCAAGGAGCAGCCGGUCGGUUUGUUAGGAGUUCGCUAUGGGAGCCCAAGGACAAAGGGGAGUCUGGCAGGGAGAAAGCAAGUUCAACACAAAAAACCCCACAGAAGAGGAGCAUAGCCGCAGAUGCCCCACCACGGAGUACAAGACGAAAACGGUGACUUACAACGUCAAAUUAAUGUUUUGUGAUACUGCUUUAUUAUGGUACAGUAUUGGACACACGUCUUCAUUUUGAUAACAUUGACAGAUCAUUUAUGCACUCAACUUUCUCUUUUGAAGACAUAAAAUAAAGCAUGAUUCAUUUCCAAACAAA